AUGGCUGUGCUUAAUCAGCUGUCUGUUUUGGGUAUGAUUAAAGAGUUUCGAAGGAAUUGGCGUGUUCUUUGUAACUCUGAAAGAACUACGGUAUGUGGUCCAGACUCCAUGCUCCUGGCCCUGCAGCUCUCCAUGGCAGAAAACAACAAACAGUACAAUGGAGAAUUUACAGUCUGUCUCAGUGAUGUCUUACUGACAUGGAAGUACUUCUUACACGAGAAACUGAACUUGCCCAUUGAAAACAUGAAAGUUGUUGACCACUAUGAAGACAUUAAGAAAACAUAUGAUAAUUUCUUGAAGAAUAGUAAUACACUAGAUCUGAUUGAUGUUUAUAAAAAAUGUAGCAUCUUGACUUCUAAUUGUGAGAAUAACACGAUAUCCUCUAUUCAACUACGGGAUUUCCUGUCUGGCACAGAGUGUGGAGUAAAUGACGAAGCUAAUCCUCAUAUGCCAGUGUCACCAGUGAAAUGCAGCCAGAAUGACGAGCAGGUACGGCUAUUGGCAAAGAAAAUUUUCUAUUCAUAUUUGAGCCUGUUAGUGAAUUCAAGGAAUGACCUGGCUCUGGCUUAUAUUCUCAACAUCCCUGACCGAGGACUGGGUAGAGCAGCCUUUACCGACUUGAAGCAUGCUGCCCGAGAGAAGCAAUUGUCUAUGUUUUUGAUGGCCACAUCAUUUAUCAGGACAUUAGAGCUUGGAGGGAAAGGAUAUGCGCCAUCGCCAUCAGAUCCUCUGUGGGCACAUGCGAAAGGGCUGUCUGAUUUUAUUCAUUUCAUUGACAAGCUAGAUGAAAUUCUUGGAGAGAUACCACAUCCAAGCCUUGCAGGGGGUCGGAUAUUCUCUGCAAUAAAGACACAGCUGAUCAAAGGCCACAGCAGUGGGGAGCCCUUUUAUAAAGCAGUAGAGGAAGUUGUUCAGGAUUUGAAUUUGAGGAUUAAAAAUAUUAUUAAUUCUCAAGAAGCUAUAGCUGUCAGCGCCACCAACAUCAGUCCUGUCCCGCCAAAAUCUUUUGCCAUAAACCAUGAUACCGCAUACUGUGGCAGAGAUGCUGUGAAGAUUUUACUGGUUCUUUUGGAUGAAGACGCAGCCCGUGCUCCUACCAGAAAUAAAGCCGAGCUUUUAUACAAUGAAGGAAGUACAGUUCCUCACGGUGGAACGUCGAUUCUUACACUCUUUAAGUCUCCAACACAAGUGAAGAAUACAUCAGUUAAACCCCUCAGAGAGCGAAUCCAUAGGUCACUAGAAGCAGAGAAAAAUAAGCAGAUGAGGCAAACAUUAAUUAGAUCCCAGUUUGCUUGUACUUAUAAAGAUGACUCCAUAAUGAGCAAGAAUAAAUGGAAUGUUAACUCAUCAUCAAAGCCGUUGUCUGCCCUUCACUUGAAAAAUGAUGUUUCUGAGGGAGUACAGUCAUCUAUUGGAAAAGCAAGAAUUGGAACAAGUUCUGAAAAUGUGUGUAUGGACAGAAGUAAGGAUGAUAAAAUACCAAGAAAAUCUACAAAAAGGAAGAUAUUGAAGAGGAAACAGCUGGAUUUAGACAGUGAGAAUAUUCACUGUGUUCAUGGAAAUGAACUGUACCAACAUAAGAAUGUUAAGAUCCCUAAAGUGCCCAGUGGCUCCCACAGUGGAGCUGGUGGUGGCAAACUAGCCCAAGGAGCAAAAGGCAUUAGAUGUACUGCCAAGGACAAAUUGAUUCCUGGCCAGACCAAGUUGACACAGUUUUUUAUGCUAUGA